UUCAAUGACAAGCUCAAGAAAGGCCAUGGUUAAGAUUACCAAACAACGAAGUGAUGUUGCCCAACCGUAUCAUAGCUCUGGAAGCAGAAAAGAAAUUCAAGAGGAGAGAAACCAUGAUAGUAUAAAGCAGAGGGAACAGAAGUACACUGAAAGAAAUGAAAUCAAGGAACCAGUUUUCAAGGAUGAGAUGCAGCAGAUGAUACCACUUGUCCAUAAAAGAUCAGAAGCUGCACUUAGAUUCCCGGAAAAGACACAGUACAGUGAAAGUAUGCUUCAUGGGGAAAAUAGUUAUGCCAACAUGCUUCUUCUAAGCAAUCAACAAAAGCUGCAAUAUAAUCAUGGAUUUCAACAGGUUCACAUGCUCCAAACAUCUGAGCUUCAAGAGAAAAAGAGACAAUCAGCCGAAAGGGAACAACAAAAACUGAAAUUGCAGGAGAAGACACAAAAGAAACAUGAACUAAUAUCCAGUAGUAUCUCCAAAUCAAUAUCUACUGCAUCCAAUUUGCAAAAGAAGCAGCUGCAAAUGAAUCGAGCAGCAACUAGUAGGGAAGGGUCCACCGAACAUGUUGAUGCAACACAAUUCAAUGGAUUAGUGUAUGGUAGGCACCAAGAAAAUCCAACCAGCGAUAGGAGUUCAAGAAUUUUAAAUUUCAAAAUUAAAGAUUCAUUAAGCAGAAACUCCAAUCGGCAUUCCUCUCGACGGGAUACAGAAUCUGAAUCAACAAAAGCUCACAUCCCAUUUGCUGCGGAUGAAAAACCUGUUCAAGUUCAAACUACAAUGAAAGCGAGAAGUGCAAAAGGGCAUAAACUCGAGGCCUCUAGAAAGAUCAAUGAAGUAAUGACCAAAACAGGUGCAAAUGUUUAUAAUAUGCCAAGGACCCUGAUGCGUCGAAGUUCCAAUUUGCAAGAGAAGAAACAGACAAGGGAGGACAAACUUGCUAUCUCACAAGAAACAGAGCAAAUGAAAGCCAGCAGUGAUGUAGAAACACAGAUCCUUAGACCCAAUGUGUCAGUAGCAGGCCUACAAUCAUCAAGCGAAGCCCAACCACAGAAAGAAGCACAGCAAAAUCCAACUUUGUGCUGUAAUUUUGAAGAUGAAUGUCAAAGACAAAGUGAAGAACAAGCCUUAGCUACAAAACACAGCCAACAGAAUACAGUGCCAAUGACUACAAAAGAACAGCAAGAUCAAGAAUCUGAUUUCAGCAGAGACGAUGAACAUGAGUUUAAGGAUAGUGUACUUGAUCUACAACACAGAACUCAUGAAGAGAGAGCAGGAAUUUCUUAUAUCCCACAGCCAGAGACUAGCAUACCAGAGAUGCCAGAUCCACUAACAGAAAGUGAAAAUCACCUUAAACAGAUACUUAAGAAAAACCAACUAUUUAUGAACACAGCACAGGCACUUUUCAAACUCAACGUUCCUAGCAGCAUUCUCCAUGCAAACAGUCACAACUAUCACGAACAAGACAGCAAGCUCGUAUUAGACUGUGGCUACGAAGUAAUGAAAAGGAAAGGAAGAAGGCAGGAAGUAAGUGUUCACCCAUUUCUUAAAGUAUCCAUCACAUCAAACAAAGCAAAAUCCUGGGAUGAGUUGGUCAAGCAAAUGUGCAAGGACUUUGAGAAGUUGAAGUUAUAUGGAAGGGACGGGAGAGAAGAUUCUCCCUCGAAGACUACCUACCAAAAAUGCUGAAGGCCGAUGUAUACAACAAGGAACCAGAUCUGAAUUGUAGUGGGACUUGGGUUGGCACAACACCAUGGUUGGGUUUCAUGAGAAAGAUGAUGUUAUAAGGGAUGCCGAGAAGUAUGUGCUUAAUGGACUUCUAGAUGAGAUUACCAGAGAUCUUUUCACAAGCGUAUAUGUUACAGUUUAAUUGUAUACUCUAAAGACAGAAAUACCCAA